AUGGCCGAGAGGGGAGCUGAAGAGGCUGCUGAAGCUGGGCGAACGGAUAGACCGAAAUCUCCUCUACAUAAAAGGGUGCAUCAUGCGGUGGGCCCUCAAGGGCAGCCAGUGGGGUCCGAGGAGCUCAACCGGCGUAAACGAGAGCAAGCUCGUGCGGCGAAGGAGUGGAGGGAGGAAGUGAAACGAAUGCUCGAGCGUGUAAGUCGCCAACCCCUUCUCAUGGAGCGGGUAACCCUGGACGCUUCUAAGGAGAGAGCAAGGCAGAAAGCUCUUGUGAAGAUUAAAAAGGAACUGAUUGCCAAGAAGGUUAGUAACUGGCAGAGCUACUUCCAAAACGAAGAGCUCAAUAUUCUGGAAAUGGCUGAGCUCCAGGAGAUACUCGGCAGAGGCAAGGAAGAGGAGGAGGAGGAAGACGAUUAUGUUAGCGACGAUAUUGAGAUUAUGGAGGAAGGAUCACCGGAAAGGCCCCUAGUUCAAGAAGUGCCCGUGGAGGAGGCCAGGGAAAUCCAAAGGGAAGACCCAUCUAGUGUAGAGAAGGAAGUAGAAGCCCCUGGGGCGGUCAGCGAUGGUGGGGCCAGGGCUGCUCAAGAAGGGGAUGCUCCGCAAGGGUCGGACAGUUGCCUCUUCUGAGGGAGACUAGCAUAUAUUCAAAUUGACUG